AUGACAUUCAGUGUCGCUCGUGCAGGCAGCAUCGGCUUCGCACACAAGCCCUGCAUGGAACGAUGGGUCUCGGAACGUAGGGAAGAAGAGUGCAACAUCUGCCACUAUAGCUACCCCAUCCAACGGAAAACGAGGACCUUCCGCGACCUACUGCGGCACCCGGAGGGUCGCAAGGAACCUCUUGUGUACGCGAUGCUGGGAGUCCUCUUCAGCCUGAGCCUGCUACACGUGUUCGCGUUCGCCUGGAUACUGAGCGUGCGCAUGUGGGGCCGUCUGUCCUGGACAUACCAGGUGCUGAACGCCGCUGCUCUUCUGGGCCAGUCCCUGCUCUGGUCCGUGUUUCCCAUCGUAGCCUUCAGGAUGGCAUGGGAGAGCUCGUGCCGCUGGUGCCAGAUGAACGCCGAGAUGCGCAUCCUGUUGCCAGAGGACAGCGAGAGCGGACCGACGCGUGGCGGCCAUCCUCCGUGCCAAGCCCGGAAGGCGCCACUGGCCCCAAACUGA